CAAGCCAACGAUCAGGGCUCGGGAGGAGUGGCGUCCAUCAAAGUCUUGAUGUCGCUAAAAUAAGGUAGGGCAGAAGAUAAGAGGCGGCCGGACGGCUCCGGCGGCAUGAUGGCAGCCCCCGCCACCAUCUUCCGUGGUUGAGCUUCCCAGCAGGCGCGCGGCGGAUGUCAUGGGCUUUCUGGAAAACUACCAGGAGAUCGACCCCGUCACUCUCAACUUGUGCAUCCUGAUCGCCAGCUACGUCAUCCUGCUCCUCGUCUUCCUCAUCUCCUGCAUCAUGUACGACUGCCGUGGCAAGGACCCCACCAAGGAGUACGCGCCUGACCCGCAGCCCACCCAGUCGCCCAUCCGCCUGGUGGUCAUGCAGAGCUCCCCGGCGCCGGUGGCGCGUUGGGACACCGCCAACAUGAUCGCCACCUACCAUGAGCCCUCGCAGGCAGACUUCCGGGAGAAGAAGAGCACCAUGGUUUGAGCCGCCACGGUGCCCCCCUGGCUCGGACUCCUCCACAUGACUUUCCUUUCAUCGCUUGCCCCGUUUUUGCUUUAUGUUGGAACUCAUCGAGGU